AUGGAGAGUCGUACGGCACUUACGAAUAAGAUCAUUGCGCUGCAGCAAAAAACACCCGAGCAGCCCUACAGCAUAGUACAUCGUCUCAAUUUGGCAAAGGCGUAUAGGAACCUUGGAUACCCUGAUCUUACUAUUGGUGAUGCAUACAAGGCGCUCUUGCUCGUUGAUGAGGUUGCCGAGGAAGGGGAAUACCAUGGAGAGGCCCUCGAAGCUGCGAACGCCGACUAUCUCUCCGAAAAGGUCGCAGGCUUGAGGGUCGACGCCAGCAAUGGUGCCGUGAGCGACGAGAAUGAGAAAGUAGUUUCUUGGGCGCAAGACAAUCUUUCGAGAUCCGCGCAUGACAUUCUUAUCGAAGCUCUGAUGGCUUGUGGAUGUUUCCGCAGCGCGUUCGACUACAUCGCGCGAGCAUUGAGAGCAUUUCCGGACGACAAUAUCUUCAACAAAUACGACGAAGAGCUGACUUCAAAAAUCCGAACACACUAUGAGGACGAGGGGGAAAAUGUCGACGAUGUCGAGGUCGAAGAUUACCCCGACAAAGGACUUGUUCGCCGCGAAAACUAUCCCUGGAAUGAGCAUGAACCAGAUCGGCACUCAGACGAAUGCUUGCAGUUCCUGAAUGAUGAGUUGAAGAACAUAGCUCCCAUGCUGGAAGUCAGAAUCUCUGAGUUGCCACUGCUUUCGACUGAUUCGUCAACACAGAGCUCACCACCAGAGCCUCAGUUCGUAAAACAGCUAGGCGUAUUUGCGAAAGAAGACAUUGCGCCCGGAGCUGAAGUCCUGAAUGAGCGAUCUCUAUUGACCGCUAUCUCACGGCGGUACGACACAUACUGCGAUGCUUGUAGUACUAUGCUCCCGGAAUCUCCAGUGGCAGAACAGAUCAUUGUCACCUGUGAUGAAUGCGACGAGGUGUUCUUUUGUAGCGAAGAGUGUUACGACCUGGCACAGGACACUUACCACCCUUCCAUCUGCGGAGUCAGCAUGGAUCAAGGCAAAGUUCCUGCCCGUGAAGCUGCAGACUCUUUGUACUAUAUACUUCUCGUGCGAGUCCUAGCACUCGCGGAAACACAGGGCCUUCACCCGCUGGAGCUGAAGGAAUUGCGCUACAUUUGGGGUGACUACCAUGGCAAAGACCUGGAUAUGGUAUGGCAGAUCGAUCCAGAGGGUCAGCUUGUUGAUAACUUCGCUGGUGUUCCACGGACCCUGCCAUUCUCGUUCAGCAACAAUGUCAUCAAACCCUUACACAUUCUGGAAAAGAUGGACGUCAACAUCUUCACAGAAAGCUAUCGAUACGACACAUGGGUCUUCAACACCAUCUAUGCCAAGUUAAGAGGCACCGCAUCUGCACAGCAGGGACCGGAUGGACGACCAGAAAUCGGUGCUGUGCAUCCGAUGUGGUGUCUGGCUAACCACAGCUGCGACCCUAACGUAGCUUGGGAGUGGCAAGGAACCAUGAAAUUCUGGGCACGCGAGAAGCUUGUUGACUGGGAGGGAAGGAAUCCAAGCAAAGGCCCUGGUCUGAAGAAGGGCGAAGAAGUUUUCGGGCACUACUGCGAUGUUAGGUUACCCGUCAAAGAGCGCAGAGAGUGGGCAGUAGGUGCAUUGGGCGGAGACUGCAUGUGCCCAAGAUGUGUCUGGGAAGAGGCAGAACAGCGACGUCCCGAGGGCUCAUCAUAG